AUGUGUGAGGACGACAUCGAGUUCGUUUAUCUUGAAGCCCCGAGAGUACUCCUUCCCGUCGACAUGUCUUCCGAACACUUCGGAGAUAUAUCGGAUACCUCAAUUGGGCGGUACUGGUGGAGAUAUCAGCACACGGUGUCCGAUGUCGAGGCUGUUAUAGAGACUCUUUCCAAAGUGCGCAAUUUCCUGGAAGUCAACGGGCCGUUCCAUGGAGUCGUUGGAUUUAGUCAAGGUGCCGCUCUGGCCGCCAUGAUCACUGGAUGGCUCGAACGGCCGGAGAUGCAGCCUCACUUUCGUGGAGUAGAUCACCCUCCCUUUGAAUUUACCGUGUUGUUGUCUGGCUUCAUCAUACCAUCGCCCUUGUUCGAACUUCCCAGUUGCAUCUACACGCCUGCCUUGGUGGUAAUUGGAUACCAUGACACAAUUGUGAAGCCAGAGUGGACGAUGGAAUUAGCCAAUCGCUUCAAUUCUGUCCGCGUCGAGGUUCAUCCAGGAGGCCAUUUCGUUCCGCGCAGCAAGACCUGGAGACGCUUUUGGAUUGAUUAUUUCUUGUCCAUCUCUGCCACGGAUCCUCACUCUGUUAUACCCACGCCGGCGCUUACCGACGCGUCUUGGGGAUCAUCUGCCCCUCCUUCUCCACUAAGCUCACCUGACUGCGUCAAGCUAACUCUGGCGUUCGAAGAGUAUGAUCCUGACGCGCUUAGAGGGGAUCCCUUUUCGGAGUGUAAACCCUCGGCAUGCUUCAGAAUCCCGCCACCCACUCCGGUGUGGUCGCAAUUCGCUUUUCAACAAGAGCUCCCCGUCGCCGAUAGUGUUGACAUCCCCGCACGAUGUGGGGACUAUACAUCAACCCUGAUAAACCUUUGGAGAGAGUGCUGA